AUGGCUCGAUUUACUCCUCAACAAAUCCGGCCGGUCCAUGCGACCCCGGCCCCGUUCAUGAACAACCCUACCACUCCCUCAGACGCCAACUAUGACACCGCCAACCCUCCCUACAUCCGCAAGUACCUGCGCACCUACGGCCUCACUCCUCCCCGCUCCGAGAGCUACGAGACACAAAAGGCACGCUGUCUGGCCCAGCUGGGUCUGAAGAGCAGCGAAAUCGACAAGUUCCUGUACUUGAGCACUUUGCGCAAGAACAAUGUCCAUCUCUUCUACCGCCUGGUCACCGACCAUCUGAGGAUCUACCAGCAGCCCGAGGGCAUGUACCUGAGCUGGGAAGAUCGGGGUAACCUGGCCGCCGUGAUUGCCAAUUGGCCGCAGCCCAACGUCGAAAUCACAUGUAUCACCGACGGCUCCCGCAUCCUCGGACUGGGCGAUCUGGGCAUUAACGGCAUGGGUAUCCCCAUUGGCAAGCUGGCUCUGUACACGGCCUGUGCGGGUAUUCGUCCCGAGGCCACCCUGCCAUUGACCCUCGACUUGGGCACAGGCAACAAGACCCUCCGGGAAGAUCCGCUGUACAUGGGCAGCCGCCGCGACAAGGUCUCCGCGGAAGAGGAGCGGGAGUUUUUGGACGAGCUGAUGACUGCUCUCACCGAGCGCUGGCCUGGUAUUGUCAUCCAAUUCGAGGAUUUCAAGAACCCUUUCCCCGCUCUCGAGCGGUACCGGGACUCCUACACUUGCUUCAAUGAUGAUAUCCAGGGCACCGGUGCGGUGGUCCUCGGUGGCGUCGUGAACGCUGUCAAGCGCUCUGGCCUGCCUUGCAAGGACCACCGCGCGGUCUUCCUCGGCGCUGGCUCGGCCGGUGUCGGUGUCGCCAAGCAGAUCGUAGCAUUCUUCAUGCGUGAGGGCAUGAGCGAGGACGAUGCCCGUAACUGCUUCUAUCUCGUUGACACCAAGGGUCUGGUCACUGCCGACCGCGGUGACAAGUUGGCCGACCACAAGGUCUACUUCGCUCGCGAGGACAACCAGGGCCAGCAGUUCAAGACUUUGGAUGAGGUCAUCGACUAUGUGAAACCCACCAUGCUGAUGGGUCUGUCCACUCUGGGUGGCGUCUUCACCCCGGAGAUCCUGCGCAAGAUGGCCGACUGGAACACAGCGCCCAUCAUCUUCCCGCUGUCCAACCCCUCUUCCAAGUCCGAGUGCGACUUCGAGAGCGCCGUCAAAUACACCGACGGUCGCUGCCUCUUCGCCUCCGGCUCCCCCUUCGCCAACUUCUCCUUCACCAACUCCGCCGGCGAGACCCGCACCUAUUACCCCGGUCAGGGCAACAACAUGUAUGUGUUCCCCGGCAUCGGACUUGGCAGCAUUCUGUCCAAGGCAGUCCGCGUGACCGACAACAUGAUCUACGCCUCGGGCGACGCCAUCGGCGCCGCGCUGACGGCCGAGGAGAUCGAGCGCGGUCUGCUGUACCCGGACAUCACUCGCAUCCGCGAGGUCAGCGUUGUGGUGACGCGCAAGGUGAUGCGGGCCGCUCAGGCCGACGGCGUGGACCGUGAAACGGCCCUGCGCAAGAUGACUGACCCGGAGCUGGACAACUGGAUCAAGGCCCACAUGUACGACCCGCACACUGAGGUCCGCUCCCUGGAGCGCGAGGUCGGCCACCUGCUGUCCAGCCUGGGCACCUUCUCGCCCUUCAACGGCUCGCUGAGCAGCUCCCCAACCGAGGAGAAGCCCAAUGGCUCGAAGCUGUAA